GAACUAACUUCACCCUUGCUGAACUAGGAAUUUGUGAGCCCUCCCCCCACCGAAGUGGUUAUUGUUCAGAUAUAGGAAUCCUUCAGCAAGGCUAUUCCCUCAGUACUGGGUCUGAUGCUGACUCAGAUACAGAGGGUGGAAUGUCUCCCGAGCAUGCCAUUCGACUUUGGGGGAGAGGGAUUAAAUCCAGGCGGAGCUCUGGUCUGUCAAGCCGUGAAAAUUCUGCCCUUACCCUGACUGACUCUGACAAUGACAAUAAAUCAGAUGAGGAAAACGAUUUUCAUACUCAACUUUCUGAGACAUUGAAAGACAGACAGACUGGCUGGCAGCAGCUGGCUGAAACAAAGAAUUCUCUAAUACGUCGUCCCAUUCCACCUACGUCUUCGUCUAGCCUUCUCCCAUCUGCUCAGCUGCCCAGCUCUCAUAAUCCACCACAAGUUAGCUGCCAGAUGCCCUUGCUAGACAGCAAUACUUCUCAUCAAAUUAUGGAUACCAACCCUGAUGAGGAGUUCUGCCCAAAUUCAUACCUGCUAAGAGCAUGCACAGGACCACAGCAAACUUCCAGCAGUGGGCCUUCAAAUCAUCACAGCCAGUCAACUCUGAGACCACCUCUUCCACCACCUCACAAUCAUACUCUAUCUCAUCACCAUUCUUCUGCCAACUCCCUCAACAGGAAUUCCUUAACAAAUCGGCGGAACCAGAUCCAUGCACCAGCUCCUGCACCAAAUGAUUUGGCCACCACUCCUGAAUCUGUUCAGUUACAGGACAGCUGGGUUCUGAAUAGCAAUGUGCCACUUGAGACCAGGCAUUUUUUGUUCAAGACAUCAUCUGGAACAACUCCUCUCUUCAGUAGUUCUUCCCCUGGAUACCCAUUGACCUCAGGAACAGUUUACACACCACCUCCCCGACUGUUACCUAGAAAUACUUUCUCCAGAAAUGCAUUCAAGCUGAAAAAGCCCUCUAAAUACUGUAGCUGGAAGUGUGCUGCUUUAUCAGCUAUCGCUGCUGCAAUCUUGCUUGCUAUACUGUUGGCCUAUUUCAUAGCUGAUAACUAUACAAUAGCAAGGCAUUUUGGUAUACUUCCUCCAUAA